AUGAGAGCUCCGUCGCUGCCGCUUUCUUCGGUUGAGAGUUCCAAGCACCCCGAGUUUGCGACUGAGUCGACUCGGAGAUCGACUCGGCGACUCAUUGAGUCAAGGAGGAGAAGCAGGAGGAGGUCCGGAGUGGUGUUGCUUCGGAAUCUGAGCACGGAAAUGCCAUCGGUGGAGAUGAGACGGACGACCAGGGUUUUCGGGAUGGGGAUGGUGAAGGGUGGGGUCGAUGGGGCUCGCGUCCUGCGUUCCGGGCGCCGCCUCUGGCCCGAAUCCUCUGAGUCCAAGCUCGAGAGGGCCCGAAAUGGCGACGAGGACUGGCUCAAACUCAUGAAAAGCCAUGCCGGAGACUCUGUUGUUGGAUUAAAUCACAAGAAAUGGGCUGGGGCCAACCAAGUCGGUAGUCCAAGACGAAACACCCCUGUUUUGAAGACCUCAGUGGUCAAGAAGCCUCAAAGCAAUGAGCUUUUGGCUGACGGGCUCAAAGAGCAUAAGAGGUAUGGGAUUGUGUAUACCCGAAAGAGGAAGCGUGCCAGUGCAAGUUUUACAGGGAAUGUAGAGAAGGAAAGUGGAUCUGAUGAUAGAAUGUAUGGGCGGAGGUUUGCUCGGAGGCAGAGGAUGAAGAAGAGUAAGGAGUUGGAUUCCCAUCUGGGUUUUGUGUGCCCAGAAGUGCUUCGCUUUUCGGUGGAGUCUUCAUGGGCUCAGGGUCACUGGGCUGGUCGGUUUUUGUAUUCUGUUUUGGUGUACAUGACGAGGGCCAGUCUUGGGUUGACUGAAUUUUCUGAAUUUCUUGCUUUAGAGCCGAUUGGCAGCAUUUUUGCCUCCUAUGGCAUUCAGUUCUCGCUGGAUCGUUCUUGUACUAGGAGGUCUGGGGUUUGCAAACUUUUUGGGGCCGAGCAGUUUAUCCCAUUGUUUUCUGUGGACUUUUCUGCAGUUCCUGGAUGUUUUAUGUUCAUGCAUACCAGCAUGCAUCUUAGAUUCCGUUGUCAUCUAACUGUAAAUAAUCUGAUUGAUGGGCGUGAAAAUGGCGAAUUUAUUGAUCAGGGAGAUGAUGAUGAUGAUUGUGAUGGUGAAAAAGUUGAUUGGAUUGAGAACAGGCAUGCGUUGCAUUCGAGUGUAAGAGUUCCCAAAUUAGCUUGUAGAAGCACCCAGUAUAGGAAUGGUUUAACCUCGCGAGGUAUUCAGAAGCGGCGGAGUUCAUUGAGGAGAAGACGGUCUAGAAAUCCUUCACUGGUUUCCCUACGCAAACCCAAUGGAGCCCUAGUUUCUGAGUUAAUCAGUAUUAGGAAGAAUGGCCUCCCUUUUUCUUCUGUAGAAUCUAAGCAUGUGCUUAGGAAGUCAGUUUCAUUUUCUCCUGCAGGAAACUUGAAAGCAGAGAGUUUGACCAUGGAGGGAUCAAGACGGGAUUUAGAUUCGACAUGCUGCUCAGCGAAUAUAUUGGUCACUGAAUUAGACAAAUGUUAUAGAGAAGAUGGGGCAACUGUCAUGUUAGAAAUGUCAUCAUCUGGAGAGUGGCUUCUUGUGGUCAAGAAAAAUGGAUUAACCCGAUACACUCACAAGGCAGAGAAAGUAAUGAGGCCCUGCUCAAAAAACCGUGUAACACAGGCUGAUCUUUACAAGGAGUGUUCUGAUCGUGUUGUACCAGCUCCAGCUAUUAAGUUCAUCCCCGUGCCUGGGGUGCGUGAAGUCCCAGGUUAUGCGGAUAGCCACAGUACUCCGUUUGACAGACCAGAAUCAUACAUUUAUCUGAAUGAUGAUGAGGUGUCUAGAGCCAUGGCAAAGAGGACUGCGAAUUAUGACAUGGACUCUGAUGAUGAGGAGUGGCUGAAGAAGUUCAACAGUGACUUCUUUGCGGAGAAUGAACUUCAUGACCAUGUUUCAGAGGAUAAUUUUGAAUUAAUGGUUGAUGCGUUUGAGAAGGCAUUUUAUUGUAGACCGUAUGAUUUCUCUGAUGAGAAUGCAGCUGCUAAUCUUUGUCUGGAUAUGGGGAGGAGGGAAGUAGUAGAGGCUAUAUAUAGUUAUUGGAUGAAUAAACGGAAGCAGAAAAGGUCAUCAUCACUGCUUAGGGUAUUCCAGGGGCAUCAAUCGAAGAGAGCUCUGCUGGACCCAAAGCCUGUUUUGCGCAAGAGAAGAUCAUUCAAACGACAGCCAAGUCAAUUUGGUAGAGGAAAACAACCAAGUUUCUUGCAAGCUAUGGCUGCUGAACAAGAUGCAUUGCAAGAGCAGAAUGCCAUACAUAAAGUUGAAGAAGCGAAAGCCGAGGCAGACAGAUCUGUGGAAUUAGCAAUUCGCAAACGAAAAAGGGCUCAGUUGCUCAUGCAGAAUGCAGAUUUGGUAACUUACAAAGCCACAAUGGCCUUCAGAAUUGCUGAGGCCGCUCAAGUUCUCGGAUCGCCAGAUGCUGCCGCCGCUUAUGUACUUGAUUGA